AUGUUCACUCUUCUUCGCGGAUUGUGGGACUACCUUUUCCGAAAGGAAGAGUACUACAUCGUGAUACUGGGCCUGGACAACGCCGGGAAGACGACGCUACUGGAGAAGACGAAAAAUCUCUUCAUCAGAAGCUACAAUGGGAUCCCCAUGGACAAGAUCACGACCACAGUGGGACUGAACGAUUGUGGGGAGUUUUGUUGUGGAGAUGAAGAUGAGGGUACGGUGAGGCUGGUAGGAGGUAGGAGAGCCACUGAAGGCUAUGUGGAGUUGUGUAUGGAUGGCUCCUGGGGGACACUGUGCGAUGAACAUUUCGACAGCAGAGACGCUGGCGUCAUCUGUCACAUGCUAGGCUACCAUCGACAAAAUGCAGUUGCCUCGAAAUUCUCCAGAUUUGUGGCUGACAGAGAUGAUCUAGCAGGCCAGAGAGUGCUGCUGGACAGCAUUCGCUGCGAGGGACACGAAGACAGUAUAUUGGACUGCCCCAGUGUCAGUGACGAGGAUUGCUUUGCACAUCUGGAAAAUGCCGGUGUCGUCUGUGAAGGAGACACAUGUGUUGAGGGGGAUGUUAGGUUGGUGGGUGGAUCAGAUGCCAAGGAAGGAAGAGUUGAAAUAUGCAGAGAUGAUGUCUGGGGUACGGUAUGCAACGACAACUGGAGUGAUGAAAAUACUUAUGUUGUCUGUACACAGCUGGGACUGCAAGAUGAAUCAGUGGAUGUACAUCUGACGAUGGAUUUUGGGCCUGGAAUCUCUCCUCCAUUUCUCACAGAGGUGGACUGUAGUGGGAGUGAGUCCACUCUGGCUCAGUGUAGCUCUCUGGAGGUCAGAGACAACCGAACAUGCUACGCUGCGGGAGUCCUCUGUGAUGCUCGCUGCAGCUGGAACAGUUUCCACUUUAACCCUGUCGGCUGCUCGCCGAUCGGCCAGCCAAACGAAAACUUUGAUUUCGAUGAGGUUUGCUUCUGCUCGCUGUACUGUUCCCAGUACACCAUUCUAGAUCCUGACCAUAUACAAAACGAAACGAGAGGCGAUUGCUGUCGAGAUAUUCUGCAAUUUGAUAACUGCAUUGGUAAACCAAUAAAUAGUCCGUUUCCUGUGACAAUGAGAGUUGAAAUCCACGAUGUGACUGGCUCCACAGGUGAGGAGAGGGUCUGCGAAGAAAAUGCCGUGAGACUUGUGGAUGGGACAGAGCCCUGGAACGGUCGUCUUGAGAUCUGCAAGGGAGGGCUCUGGGGAGCUGUUUGUGAGGACCAGUUUGAAGACAUUGACGCUGCCGUCACCUGCAAACAGCUGGGAUUCCCAACAGAGAAUGCAUUUGCAUUGCCCGGAGGCACGUUUGGUGAGAGUGAGAGGAUGUGGAUAAAAGACGUCGAAUGUCUUGGAAAUGAAGACUCUCUCUAUCAGUGCCAGUCCUCCAGUCCCGGGUUCUUUGUUGGUUGCCAGGCUCAGAAUUGCACUGGAGUAUGGUGCGCAGGAGCAUCCCCUGAGCCUCAGUGUGUGGAUGGAGCUGUUCGUUUGGCCGGUGGUCUCAGUGAAAUGGGCGGUCGAGUUGAGCUCUGCGACGGAGGGGUCUGGGGCAGUGUGUGCAACCACGGCUUUGGAGACUCCGAGGCCCAAGUUGUGUGUAAACAGCUGGGUUUCAGCGAAUCAUGGGUGGUUGUCCAAACUCCGUUAUUUGGAUCCGGGAUGGGACCGAUCCAUCUUGACGAUGUGCAUUGUCAGGGAAACGAGACGAGUCUCCUGGACUGUAGCCAUCGAGAGAUGAGACGGCACAACUGUUACCGCAGCAACGAGGUGGCCGUUGUGUGCCGAGCAGAGCUGCCACAGAGGUGUGAGGAGUUGGACGAGCAACCAUCACUGGAGCACGAGACACUCACCAAGUAUGGGGAGAUAGUCCCCUAUGAGGGAAGGUCUGAGAUCUGCAGUACUGAAAACGGGACGUACAUAUUUCUACCACGUCGACUGGACGAGCUCGGGGGAGGAGCUACGAGAAACCUGGUGGACGAGACUGAACUGAGCCAGGCUCUGCAGGACCAGAUAAAACAGGGAUUCAUGGCAGCCAGUCUCGAGUGCCAGCAACUUUUCAGUGGUGUUGUCUGCAACUCUCUCUUCUUCACUCUCAACGUCAAUGAUGCUACGAGUCUCCCUGGACCAGUGUGUCCAGAUGAAUGUAGACAAUUGGAAGAGAAAUGCCCCAGCUUGUGGAUGGCUUACCUGGAUACAGAGCUAGGGCGAGGAACCACCUGUGAUAAUCUGGGGAGGUUGCUAGAACCCCUACCAUACUGCUGUCACAGUGGAGGCAUCGUUUCGAAACCAUCUGUUAGUGACGGAAGCUCUCGCGGCAAUUCUGCUGGAGUGGCCGCCGGCGUCACCGUGACACUCGUUGUUUUGUUGGUCCUGGGAGCCACGGGCGCUGGCGCCGCAUUUGUGAUUGUCAGGAAAUUCAGGAGACUCAAAACAAUCCUUCACGGGCGAGAAGAGGCAGUGAAUGCACUGGAGAUGUUGUCCAACCUCCACAACAGAGAGAGCACACGAUCACUCAUUCUCAACGGGAAAUCCAACGGAGUAGCUGCGGCAUGUGGCACAGGUCCCGUGAGCCACGCCCCAAUCAACCGCCAGAUGUCAGACGACUUUAUCCGCUACAGUCGAAACUCCCUGAAUCCGUACACGGCCUCGUCUUACCUACCGACCCUCUCACCAAUAUCUUCCCGCUAUCUCCGCCAGCUCACAACUGACAUGCUCAUUCCUCAGUCACAGCUCAGGCUACUAGACUCCAUCGGCACUGGGGAGUUUGGUAUAGUCUACAAGGCCCACUACCUGCAGGGUCUGAAGAACGGUCGCACCACGGAACCGCAGAUUGUUGCAGUGAAGACCCUAAAAGGCUAUUUUGACAAGGAAGCCAUCCACGUGCUACUCGAGGAGAGCGUAAAAAUGAAGGAAUUUGAUCAUCCAAAUGUCCUCACACUCUUUGGGGUCUGCGUGGAUGCUGGCCCCGCCCCUUACAUUGUCAUGCCUUAUAUGGCAAAGGGGAGUCUCCUGACAUAUCUGAGAAAAGAACGGCAUCGAAUCUUGGUGGAUGAGAAGGAUGACGAAGAGGAUGUCGAAGACGUUAGGAAGAAGCUCCUGGAUAUUAUCCACCAAAUUGCCAAGGGGAUGAUGUAUCUAGCUGAGAGAAAGUUUGUUCAUCGUGACCUUGCAACGAGAAACUGCAUGAUGGACAUUCAUAAUGUGAUAAAGGUUUCCGACUUCGGGCUCUCCGAGGAUAUGUACGCCAAGAACUACUUCAGACAAGACAAGGACGCAGCUGUCAAACUGCCCAUCAAGUGGAUGGCUCCGGAGAGCUUGAACGACGGGAUUUUCACUGAGAAGACAGAUGUGUGGUCAUAUGGGAUCACCUGCUGGGAGGUGUUCAGUGGGGGCAAGACGCCAUACCCCGGUAUCAACCCCGUGUCCCUGGUCAGGAUCCUCGAGGACGGGGAGAGGCUGGAGAAACCUGCCAACGCCGCCUGCCCUCACUUUGCCUUUAAACUGAUGCGGGACUGCUGGAACUUGGACCCGACAAAGAGACCGUCGUUUGAGUCCAUAGUGACAGAGGUGGACCACAUCAUGGAGGUGACUGCUGGCUACCUGGCCCUCAGCUCUGCGUGUCCUCCGAGAGAGGGAGAGGCCAUGUUCGGAGGAGACCGGAGCAGCACAGAGUCGCCAGAACUGGUCAGUCAACUCCUGAAGGGAAUCAAGACGGAGGCAGGGAUCACGAUACAGCUGCAGACAUACGAAGACUCCGGGGUCGAGGGGUCGUCCGAGAGCAAGAGUGAGACUAGCGUGUAA